GCCACACACACUUAAUUGGACACCUUGUUCACACAUGAAUCCAUCUCACUAAUAUACACGCACACACACACAAAAUGCCAGACGGACUCCACAACGCAGACCCCUCCGAAUCGCCUCAGCUGUUGGGCACCGAUCGCAGAGCUGAGGACCGACCGAGUAGGUCUACCCGAGUAGUCGUCCACCAGCUGACAACCGGCCUCUCUGGUGGCGAAGAGAACCGCCCGUCCGACCGAGAGUGACCCAGAUAUAUCACAUGGGGAGCUGCGAUGGUGUCACUCGGUCCCAGCAGCCCACACAUCACCCAGAAGUUGUGUCGGCUGCAGCUCAGCGCAACUUCAUCAUCCCCGACAGAGCAAUCGGUUGUCGAUGCCUCGUCUACACUCGCCGACAGCCUCGGUCGGUUCGAUGCGCGCCACAAGUGCGGCAACGGUGAUGACCGAGCCGCCCAGUCCACGAAAGGUGCUGCCCAGACCACCACGUAUCCGAGGCAGCGCACCACGCGCUCCCGCCACAGCAGCUCAGCCGCCACCGAAGAGGCCAAGAGCAAGAAGCGCCCCCUGAGUAGAGAUCCGCGAACGGAGGUCAUGAGUGGGCAAGAUUCAGCCGCAUGCCCUUCUUGGCCAAGUCAUCGCACGCCUCCUUCACUUGCUGCAGCCACGCACAAAACACACCACAGGCACACACAGCAGACCACGCAGCGCCGUGGGUGCCGGGCGGGGGUCCCUCCUGCCCGCACGUGCCUACCUGUUCGAGUUCCUUUGCCGCCUCGGGGCAUUCAGAGAAGGUCAGGAGGCCCCACCCAAUGCAGGCUAACGAGUAGGUCCCGAACAGCAUCACCACAUAAAGGGGAGACUGAGCCGACGGACAGAAUACAACCAAGAUAAUCGCAGAUGCGUCGCCGCACCAUGCAUAUGGGCGUGUUGCCGCUUACCACUCUCCAUAGGAACCUCGCAUGGCCGUCGGGAAGGACGAACAGGCCGCACAGCCACACAACAGUAGCCACACUCAGCAAGGCGACAAAGACCUUGCCGCGGGGUAACGCCAUCAAAACUCUCACAUAUUCACCAUCAUCUGCCGCGCACACCUGCACCAGAUCUCCUUUUUC